CUUUAAAAAAAAAAAAAAAAGUGAACCUAAACUAGUCCAAGCAGAAAAGGAGUGUCUGUUAGACUCUAACUGAAAAGUCCUGGGCAUAGCAGCUUCAGGCAUGGUUAUUUCCAGAAAGCUAACCGAUGUCACCAGGAUUUUUUAUGUCUUUCAGCGCUAUUUCUGUCCGUGUUGGCUUCUCUCUCAGGCAGGCACAUGCCUCCAUCCUUCCCAGGCUUCCCUUCUACUCUCUUUAACAACCAACUAAAAGAUGCAGAUGGCUCCUAGCGAAAGAUCUUAAGUUGAUUUGGACCAGACUUGGGUCACAUACCUCUUCCUGAGCCAGUUAUUGUGGUCAGGGAGAAUGGAAUACUCCCAUCUUUGGAGCCAAGAUGAAGGACAGUUUCCCAAAGAGAAACUGAAGUGCUGUGACCAAAAUAGAGAAAAGGUGAUGGGCAGAGUACUCAGAGGUCGCUUCCUGUAGUGGUGGAGUAGCUCAUGUCAGGCCAGCCCUCCCGCAAAUAACGAUUAUAAACUGCGUGCCUACAUGCACAAAAACAAACAGCCCCCAACUGGAAUAAGGGCAGCAGGAGUGGAUACCCGGAAGAAAGGGAUGGCACUGGUGAGCCUCCUGUUUGUUGUUGUUAAUGCUUUGUCACAUGAUAAGUACUCAUCUUGGGAACAAGAUAGCCAAGCAGGAGGAUUCCAAAUUCUUGAUAUAAAAGUCAUUUUACCUAACUGUCCCAUCAGCUGAUGAAGGCAUAAACAGAGUGAGGUCUAUCCAUACCUGGGCUAUCAGUCAGCCAUAAAAGGAGCGAAAUACACAUGUACAGUAUGGAUGAACCUUGAAAAUACUGUGCUCAGUGAAGGAAGCCAGUCUCCACAGGCCACGUGCUGUGUGAUUCUGUUUCUAUGAAGUGUCCAGAAAAGACAGAUCCAUGAAGUCCAGAACGUAGAAUAAGCAGUUGCCCGUGGCUGAGGGGAGGAAGGACUGGGGGGCUGACUGUUGUUUGGGUACAGGUUUUGGGAGGUCAUGAAAAUAUUCUAAAAUUCGGUGGUGGUGAUGGUUGCACAACCUUGUGACUCUACUAAAAAGCCACUGAAUUGAAUGUAAAGGAAGCCGAGUAAGUGUAUGGGAAGGGGCUCAACAUCAUUAGUCCACCGGAGAAGUCUAGAUUAAAACCACAGUGAAAAUUCACUUCACGCUAGCUAGGAUGGCUAAAAACUGUUUUAAAUAAAAUGAAGAUGACAACACAGUACACGGCAAGGAUGUAGAGCAACUGGAACUUCUAUACAUUGUUGGUGGGAGAACUGGUACACCUUCUCAGGGAAGGAGACUGACACUUUCUUGGAAAAUUAAACAUCCACCUCAGACCUAAGUACUUAAGAAAAAUGAACAUGUGUCUAAAAAAAGACUCCAUAUGACUACUCAUGGCAGUUUUAUUCAUAAUGGCCCCAAGUUGGGAGUAGCCCAGGUGCCAUCAGAACAGAGCUGGCUAAACAAGUUUGUUCAUACGAGAGAACGCUGCUCAGCAAUAGAAAGGGACAGACUCCUGAUACACCACACAUUCAGAGAAUCCAUACCCUAAAGAAUGUGGAUGGCAUGAUGACAUUUCUUCAUUUUUUUUUAAAGAUUUUAAUUAAUUUAUUUAGAAAGCGUGUGCGAGCAGGGGGAGGGGCAGGGGGGAGAGGGAAUCCAACGCCAACCCUGUGCACUGGCAGAGCCCGGCUCGGCUCUGUCUCACGACCCUGAGAUCACAACUUGAGCUGAAACCAAGAGUCGGAUGCUCCACUGACUGAGCCACUGAGGUGCCUCAUGAUUACAUUUCUAUGAAGUUCUAGAACAGGUGGACCUCAUCUGUAGUGAAAAAUGUCAGAAUGGUGGUUCCCUCUGUGGGUAGAAAUAGAAGGCGUGGCUUCUAAAUCAGUGGGAAGAAGAGAGUGCCAGGAGCCAGAAAGCUUAGAGUGUUGGGCCGUGCCUCAAAAUGUGUAAGAAAGCCUGAAACCUUUCAGAGAUUGCCCGGCCUCUCGAGGUUGGGAUCAGCUGGGGCCCUUGGACUCUGAUAACGGGCAGCUGGGGCUGGAAGCCACUUCCUCCCAGCUCGGAGCUCUGGCCUUUGCAUCAUGUAUGGUUCUGUGCCCGGUGCUUUGUUCCUGUAGGCUUUGGCAUUGGGGGUGUUUUCUGGGGGAAAUUCAAGGUCACGACUGAACGGAUCUGGAGAUAGUUUGUUGUAAAACUGUAAAGUGAGGUGGUUCUCCCAAGCAAGGCACUGCCCAGCAGGCAGGGCUCAAACAGGAGAGCACUCCUCAACGGUGCGGACUCUGUGUGGCCCACCAUCUCACCGUUGCUCCCCUCGGGCUUGGGAUGCAUCAGGGUUUUCUUCUGCCCUGGCCUUUGACUGUUUUGCUCAAGUUAGCAUAGUCCCGAUUUUUCCCUGGUGGUUCCCUGACCCCCAUCUCCAGACAAGGAGGGGGUAGCUCAUGUUCACAUGUUGUGCCAGGCACCGCCUGGACCUUCCUUACGUUGUUGAUCCUCAAAUGGGUUCUCUGGUUUUUACUGAGACUCAGAAAGGCUCAGGAGCUAUGGCCUCAUGAGAACUUAGCAGCUGUUCUGUCCCUGUUUCCCUUCUUGGAACGCUCCUAAAGUAUGCAUGUCAGUUCAUUUGUCUGAUGGCUAUUUUGCAAGUGGUGUAUUUCAUUUCUUUAUAUGACUUUAUACUGCUGUGAGUGCUGGGCAUGCUGUUCGCCUCUUCCUGUGUUUCCCAGAGUAGUUUCUGACAAACCGCUACCAAGCCCUCCCUAUGUUCCAGGCUUCAUUUUGGGUGCCAAGAUACAAAGGCACUCCGGACACGAUGGCCCUGGUGUCUGCUGAUUCCCGCAUCGCGGAACUUCUCACGGAGCUCCAUCAGCUGAUUAAACAAACCCAGGAAGAGCGUUCGCGGAGUGAACACAACUUAGUGAACAUCCAGAAGACCCAUGAGCGGAUGCAGACAGAGAACAAGAUCUCUCCCUAUUACCGGACAAAGCUGCGCGGGCUCUAUACGACCGCCAAGGCUGAUGCGGAGGCUGAGUGCAACAUACUCCGGAAAGCUCUAGAUAAGAUAGCGGAAAUCAAGUCCCUGUUGGAAGAAAGGCGGAUUGCGGCCAAGAUUGCGGGCCUGUACAAUGACUCGGAACCCCCUCGGAAGACCAUGCGCAGGGGGGUGCUGAUGACCCUGCUGCAGCAGUCCGCCAUGACCCUGCCCCUGUGGAUCGGGAAGCCUGGUGACAAGCCCCCACCCCUCUGUGGGGCCAUUCCAGCCUCUGGGGACUACGUGGCCAAACCUGGAGACAAGGUGGCCGCCCGGGUAAAGGCUGUGGAUGGGGACGAGCAGUGGAUCCUGGCCGAGGUGGUCAGUUACAGCCAUGCCACCAACAAGUAUGAGGUAGAUGACAUUGAUGAAGAAGGCAAAGAGAGACAUACCCUGAGCCGGCGGCGCAUCAUCCCACUGCCCCAGUGGAAAGCCAACCCAGAGACGGAUCCUGAAGCCUUAUUUCAGAAGGAGCAGCUCGUGCUGGCCCUGUAUCCCCAGACCACGUGCUUCUACCGUGCCCUGAUCCACACACCCCCACAACGGCCCCAGGAUGACUAUUCAGUCCUGUUUGAAGACACCUCCUAUGCAGAUGGUUACUCCCCUCCCCUCAAUGUGGCCCAGAGGUACGUGGUGGCUUGUAAGGAGCCCAAGAAAAAGUGAAGUGGGCUGGCAGACUCACGGUCUCCUGCCACCCUCACAGGGAAUGCAACAAAAGGUUUUGUGGCAAAUAAAUAUUGUUCCCCUUU